CCGCCCGCCCGCAGUGUCGGGGAAGGAGGCGGCUUUCCCCCUCGGGCGAGGAAAGGACGAGCGGCGUGGCGGAUAAACCUGAUUCCUCUGCUCUCCUCCCACUGACCCUGACUCGGACAGCCGAGGGCGAGAGACAGAACCAUUUACUUCUCUCUGUUCAGCAGGGCUGCCGCAGAGGAGAGGGGGGAGAGAGAGAGAGAGAGACGGGGAGGGAGAGGCAGACGGAGAUAGGGACGCAGGAAGAGAGAGGGAAGGAGACGGAGGAGAAAAAGACGGAUAGAACGAGAGAGAAAGCGUUCGAGAGACUGAGAGAGACGGAAAGAGACUGAGAGAAAAAGAGAGAGAACGUGAGAGGGAGAGAGAGAAAGAGAGAUAGAACGAGAGAGGGAGCAUCCUUUUUACCCUGACCCUCCCCAGUCUGCAUUGAUCGGCGGAGCAUGCCGAAAGGAGACACCCCGGUCAACAGCACCAUGAGCAUCGCCCAGGCGCGGAAACUGGUCGAACAGCUGAAAAUCGAGGCCAGCAUGUACCGGAUAAAGGUCUCGAAAGCUGCGGCGGACCUGAUGGCCUACUGCAACGCACACACCUGCGAGGACCCUCUUAUCACCCCUGUGCCCACCUCCGAGAACCCCUUCCGCGAGAAGAAGUUCUUCUGCACUCUCUUAUGAGACCGGCCGUCACUGCCUGAAGGAGCAGGUUCCUGUGUUCAUGUUACUCGCUGGUGUCGCUGGUAAACAGAUCAUCUUCACACCAAUAAAGUGGCCUCUCGCUUGUUCUA